GUAUUAUAUCCAGCUUGAUAUACACUUUAUUGUAAUUAUAUAGCUAGGGACAUUGCAAGAUUGAUAAAGAACAAAUGAAUCGAACGGAGGACAUGAAGAGCAGCUCGCUGGACGAGUUCAAGCUGGAAGCGAUGCGCUCCAUGGGAUGGGCCGUUGAGGACGAUAUCCCAAUGGCCAAUGCCGAGAAUCUGGCCAUACUCCAGGACAUGGUCGGCAUGCGGGCAGAGAAGUUCAUUCUUCAGCAGCGAAUUGUUGCAUUGGAUGAGCGCGAAAAGGUAAUCGAGCGCCACAAGAAGAAUAUUGAGGCAACGCUGCAGCAGAACAUUACCUUUUUCAACUCGGUGAAGAACGAUGUGCUGAAGGAGGCGCAUCGCACCCAGCUGGUUAUAUUGGAGCGCAACAAGCUCAAAGAGGAUGUGCGAAAGAAUCAAAAGGAGCUGGCGGAAUACACCGAAUAUGCAGAGCAUACGUUGUGUAAAAUCACAAAGAACAAACGAGAAAUCGAUGAUUUGACCAAGCGCAUCAAGACGGCCAAAUCGAGUCUGGUCGACUGGGCUGAGGCCAUGGAGGAUGGCAAUAAGGGUUAUCAACUGAUCGAUCGCUACUAUCAGGAUGAUCAGCAGCGGGCACGUGAGCUGAACACACGGCGUCAGCUGCUCCAGGCGGACAUCGAUAAGCGGCGCAAGCUGAUCGUGAUGCUGUACGAUGAGCAGACGACCCUGGAGAAGAAUCUGGAGAGGACGGCCUGCCUGUAUCGGGAGGCGCACUUGGAACGCCGUCAAAUGGUAGAGACUUGGAAGCAGGCAGUUAGUCAGAUGACGCAACGGGAAAUGGAGAUACAGAACAGUGAGAUGGAAUGCUCCAGGCUGAUCGAGCAAGCGGAGAAGAUGGCCAGCAAUUAUCGGAUUGCCAACGAGCAGCUGAACGAUGUCCUGGAGAACAAUCGAUUGGUGGAGCAGGGCAUUGAGAUGCUGAAUGCGGACACCUCCGAGAUGAAGAACGAGAUGCAACGGCUAACAGAUGCUGCAUUCCUGAAGGAUCGUGAGAUUCAGGCACUGCGCCACGAGCUGGAGAAUCUCUCCAAUAUGGUGCAUGCCCAGCGUCUGGAUAAUCGCAAGCAGCUCAAGCUGCGCGAUGAUAAAACGGCCGAGAUUGAGAACUUUACGCAGGUGCUGCUGCAGAUGGAGGGUCGCCUUCGAUCGAUUGAGGAUAAGGCAACGGACGCCAAUCAGCGGCUGCACAUUCUCGACGAGAUGAUGGAGGGUGAGGAGGAGGCGCUGCGUGUGCUCAACAAGGAGCAGCAGCGCUGCAAUGAGCUCCUGUUUCGCACACAGCGACAGAUAACGGAGCUGAAGGAUGAGGAGAAGACAUUCGUUAUGCAGAAUGAUUCGCUGCAUUCCACGAUGAUGGCGGUGAAGCGGAGUCAGCGACAGGUGGAGCUGGAGAUAAAACGCCAGACGGAAAUUCACUACGACAUGUCCUUCAAGUAUCUGCAGGUGGAGCGUAAGCUGGCUGAGUUGCGCGGCAAGAAUACCGAUCCGGAAACGGAGGCACGCAACCAGGAGACGCUUGCCGAACUGGAGCAGUAUCUGGCGAAGCUGCAGCGUCGUCUGAACUCCACGGAGGCGCAGAAUAAGAAGCUCAACUAUAGCAUGAACGCAUUAGUCAUUGUCUAUAAUAACGAUGCCAAGGAUCUGGAGCUGGUCAAGUUCAAGAUCAAGGAGGCGCAAGUCUACUGCGAGGGCACCAUUAAACGUCUCCGGAUGAAUCGCUACGACAACUCCGAGUUCGUUGUGGAGCUGAGUCUGCUCAAGAUGCGCUGCUGUGACCUGCAGAAUGUCAUCGAUAAAUGCGAGAAUGGCACCUACAGCCUCAAUCAGCAUCGCUUGGCCUUCCAGCGCAUCAUCAAGGAUCGAUUUGUGGAGCUGCGCAGCCAGCAGGACGUGUUGCUGCUCAAGCGCAAGCAUCUCAACGAGGAGCUGAGCACCCUGCGUGCCGAUCUUGGCGAGCGCAAGAAGCACAUUGCCUCGAUGCGUGCCCGCUUCGAGCUGACAUCCGCACUGUUGGGCGUCAACGAGGAUGGCACUGUGAUCACGGCCACCCAGCUGAAGGUGGAGAAUGCCCAGGAGCGGCAGCUGCUCGGGGACGAGGGAGAUGCGCUCAACAAGAAGGUGCUCAAGGCCGAGAAGGAGGUCAUCGCUCUCGAGAAUACGCUGCGCCAGUUUGACAAAUCUAACGAUAAAUAUCGCAAGAAUCUGAAGACCUACGAUGAUAACUCAAAAGAUGAACUGCGCCUCGAGGAGGAAUUGAAUAGGCAACAGGAGAUCUGCUGCCACAACUUGGAGCAGCUGAAGAUGUUGCGCUGCAAGGCGGAGCGUUACGAUAGCAAAAUCGAGUCGCAGAAAUUGGAACAGGAGCGUGCGAUGCAUCAAGUGGAGAUGGAGAAACAAAAGUGCCUCGAAGAUGCUGAGGCGCUGGACAAGUUGAGCAAAGAGCUGCAGGAUCAGAAAGCAAAAAUCGAUAGGGCCAAUCGCGAGAUACACACUUUGAUCAAGGACAUUAAGCAGAGAGCCAUCGGCACAGAAUAUCUCAACUUAUUCGAGCGUGAUCUCAAUCUGCAGGAGCUGGAGAGCCGGAAUCGAAAGACGUUAAAUCUAUUGGCCGACAUGGCCAACAGCGAUGACGAUGGCCCAGAGAUAAUACACUUUAUGCUGGGUAAGGGACUGAAGCUGCCACAUCAUUUAAAGCCCACACGCAGUUGCAUCUCCUCGAGAACUACCUCGUACUCCUCCCUCGAUUGCUACUCGGUUAAAGGUUACAGCGCUCGCUCCUCCACCUCGGAGGCCAGUGUGGGCAAAGAGGAAAGCACCUCGACACGGAUCAGUGUCGUAUCCCUCGAUUUUCCGCCCAAAAACAAAUGAAAUUUGUAUCCACAUUUUAUUUGAUGAUGUAUUUUUUUUUGUGUUUUUGGCCAAGUAUAUGAAAUAUUCUUCUCAGA